CUUAUUCCAACAUUCCUUCCUUCCUUCCUCACCAGCUAGUCAUCAGCUCCUCCAGAGCUGAUCGAUCAAGAUCAUCACAUAUAUAGCAGCUAGCUACGUCAAAGCUAGCCUAUAGACCAUGGCCAUGGCUAUCUCCUCGGGCCUUCCUGCUUGCUCUGUCGUCAUGGCAACCCUGAUGGUGCUCAUCAUCCAAGCUCAGGGCAUCACCAGGCACUACGACUUCGAUGUGCAGAUGGCGAAGGUGACGAGGCUGUGCGGCAGCAAGAGCAUCGUGACAGUGAACGGGCAGUUCCCGGGGCCGGAGCUGGUGGCGAGGGAAGGCGACCGCGUCCACGUCCGGGUCACCAACCACGUCUCGCACAACAUGUCAUUGCACUGGCACGGCAUCCGGCAGAUGCAGACGGGCUGGGCCGACGGGCCGGCGUACAUCACGCAGUGCCCGAUCCAGAUGGGCCAGACCUACGUGUACAAGUUCACAAUCACCGGGCAGCGCGGCACGCUGUGGUGGCACGCGCACAUCUCAUGGCACCGCGCCACCGUCUACGGCGCCAUCGUCAUCCUCCCCAAGCUCGGCGUUCCCUACCCGUUCGCCGCGCCGCACAAGGAGGUCCCCGUCAUCUUCGGCGAGUGGUGGGCGGCGGACACGGAAGUCGUGAUGAGCCAGGCGCUCAAGGUGGGCGGGGCCCCGAAUAUCUCGGACGCUUUCACCAUUAAUGGACUUCCAGGGCCGCUCUACAACUGCUCAGCCCAAGACACGUUCAAGCUGAAGGUGACACCCGGGAAAACAUACCUACUGCGCCUCAUCAACGCCGCGCUCAACGACGAGCUCUUCUUCUCCGUCGCCAACCACACGCUCACAGUCGUUGAGGUCGAUGCCGUCUACGUAAAGCCGUUCACCGUCAAGACCAUUGUCAUCUCGCCAGGCCAAACCACCAACGUACUACUCACCGCCAAGCCGGUCAACCCCAAGGCCAACUUCUACAUGUCCGCCGCACCCUACUCCGUCAUCAGGCCCGGCACCUUCGACAACACAACCGUUGCCGGCAUCCUUGAGUACCAUGAAGACCCAAGUUCAUCGUCAAGCUUCGACAAGAACUUGCCGCUCUUCAAACCGAUGCUACCCCGGUUCAACGACACCAAAUUCGUCACGAACUUCACAACCAAGCUCCGGAGCCUCGCCACGACAAAGUACCCUGCGGCCGUUCCACAAACGGUGGACAAGAGGUUCUUCUUCACAAUCGGGUUGGGCACGCUGCCUUGCCCCAAGAACAUGACUUGCCAAGGGCCCAAUGGCACGCAGUUCGCGGCGGCAGUGAACAACGUCUCCCUUGUGCUCCCCACCAAGGCACUCCUGCAAUCGCACUUCACGGGGCUCACCACGGGCGUCUACGCGUCCGACUUUCCGGCUAUGCCACUCUCGCCGUUCAACUACACGGGGACCCCUCCGAACAACACGAACGUGGCCACGGGAACAAAGUUACUUGCGUUGCCAUUCAACACGUCGGUGGAGCUAGUGAUGCAGGACACGAGCGUGCUCGGCAUCGAGAGCCACCCUCUGCACCUUCACGGCUUCAACUACUUCGUCGUCGGGCAAGGGUUUGGCAACUACGAUUCGGCGAAGGACCCAGCCAAGUUCAACCUCGUCGACCCUGUCGAAAGGAACACGGUUGGCGUGCCGGCUGGCGGGUGGGUGGCCAUUCGUUUCCUUGCGGACAACCCAGGGGUAUGGUUCAUGCAUUGCCAUCUGGAGGUGCAUACGACUUGGGGGCUAAGAAUGGCAUGGCUGGUGCAUGAUGGGAGCAAACCCAACCAGAAGCUGCUUCCCCCGCCGUCUGAUAUGCCCAAAUGCUAGACGGACUUGAUCUCUGGCUGCUCUUUAUUUGUCCUGGCCCCUUGUCUGAUUUAUUCGCCAAUUUGCGAUUGUUUUCUCCUGCGGGGGAUUUUAGUGUGUUUUAGGCCGUUCAUAGCUGACCUUUCUUACCAAUUUUCCUUUUUUUUGCCUUUCUUUCAUUUUUUUGUCACUCUCUGAUGACGACUUUUGAACUUUUGAUACUUGUUGAAUAAACACUGGCGUGAAUUCACGGCAAAAUCCCGAAUGUUCUGUGCAAUUCUGUC